AUGAUUCAUUCAGUUCUCAUAUUCAACGCAGAUGGCGUUCCCCGUCUCAUAAAAUUCUACACAGCGGUGGAUGUACAGACUCAAAGAACUUUACUCAGACAAGUACAUCUGCUCAUACACAAAAGAACUCCACAAGAAUGCUCAUUCAUCACACCUCCUAAAUUGCUUGAGGACUUGGACGAUAUCAAAGUUAUCUACAGACACUAUGCCACAUUAUACUUCGUGUUUAUAGUGGACGACCAAGAGUCAGAGCUAGGCAUACUCGAUUUGAUCCAGGUGUUUGUGGAGUGUUUAGAUAAGUGCUUCCCCAAUGUUUGCGAGCUAGACUUGGUUUUUGGCUGGCAGGUUCUUCAGACUGUUCUUGAAGAGAUUGUUCAGGGCGGAAUGGUCAUAGACACCAAUAUUCUGCGAAUUGUUGCCGCUGUGGAUGACGCCAAUAGCCAAAGGGUGACUGGAGUAAACGGUGGAAGCUCCACUCUGCGCUGGCUCUCACUCGAGAAUGGCUUUGGCUGGAGGCGGCCCUGA